GGGGCGGGAAGGGGGAGCGCGGCGGAUGCGAGCGCGGUGCCCGGGCUGCUGUCCGUAACCCUGCUCUGGCCCUGGCUGCAGAUGGAGCUGGAAGCGCUGCGCUCUAUCUACGAGGGAGACGUGUUGCUUCAGGAGCUCAGCCCGGUGGCCUUCCAGUACAGGAUAGGUGAAAGUGGAGAUCCCAAAGCCUUUCUGAUAGAGGUCUCUUGGCCAGAAACAAUAUCCACAAACAGCACAGUCAUAUCAAUGGACGCUUUCUUCAACAACACGAUAUCUUCAGCUAUUAAGCAAAGUAUAUUGGACAAGUUAAUGGUAGAAGUUGAAGCAAUCUUGGAACUGCAUAUGACAUACACACUUUUUGAAUAUGCCAAAGACAAUAAGGAGGUGUUCAUGGAAAAUCAACCUGUUAACACUGUGACUUCAGUAAGCAAUAGUAUUUCAAUUGGAACCCCUGAUGUGCCACCAAGUAAGAAAAAAGAGAAAAAGGAGCAGGUUCCCAAAACCCAGAAACGAAAACUAGCCGAUAAAACAGAUAACAAAGGGGAACUUCCACGAGGAUGGAACUGGGUUGACGUAAUUAAGCAUUUAAGCAAAACUGGUUCUAAAGAUGAUGAAUAAAGGACUUUGAUACAAGGAAACUCCACCUUUUAAUACAGUGCAAUUGUGGGUCACCAUCUCUCUAUUAAUAACUUUCAUAUUUGUUGAAGUAAGCAUUUUUUAAAGCUUGAUUUCCUAACUUGUAAAUCUAGUCACAAAAGUUUCUAUAGAGGACCAUGUGGUCAUCUUCAGAAAAAUCAACCAACAAACUUGCCUUAAAUGAAGGUUAGAAUGUGACAAAGGAUAUAGAGAGCAAUGUGUGAAGUGAAUAGUGCUGAAGUGUUUAUUAAUUUAUAUUUAGUCUGUAGUAAAAUCCUGUUAUAGUGAAACCAAUGAUACUGUAAACAUUUCCUGAUGUUCUUAUUCAGUUGAAGAGAAAAGCACUAUAACAGUGGUUGGUCACUUGACAGCGUAUUAGUCAAAAUAAAUUAUUCCAUGGAAAUGAGACCUUUGUCAUUUGUUUAUCUAGUAUGGACUAGAAGGAGAAGAUACAAAUUGUUACAAAACAGGCUAGAACUUGUGGUCUCGUUAUCACUAGUUACUGGUUGAAAGAGUAAAUACUAGCGAAAGCAAGGCCAAAUAUUCUAGUCUGGUCAAAAAAUGAGUGGUUAUAGCAGGAGUGCAGCUUCUUUAUUCUCCACAAUAUCCCAUCUGUUGGUCUUUCUCCAGUGUGCAUCUUUACAGACAGUGGGAUGUCCUGAGGAGGGGCAAAAGUGCUUUCUUGCACGUGUCUCAAUGAGUGUUGGGAUUUUGUAGCUGCUUCAUUGGAGAAAUAGGCAUUCUUUGUAGUGAUUUGCUGACUAAGUGGGUGGGACAGUGGAAGUCAUAAUCCUUCAAUUGUAUUGGGAGAACUUCUUUGCGAGAGCACUUAGUUUUUUUUUCCUGAUCUGCUCUCUUGUAUAAGAAAGCGAAGUCAUCCUCACUUGUAUGAACUGUUAUUGAAUACAAGAUGCCUUAAUGUCCUUUAUUAUUUUGUUUUGAGAUGAAUUUUAAUAAAUGCCUAUUUAUCUGC